GGCAGGGUCUAUUGGGGCAGGAAGCCUGCCUCCCCACUCGCCCUGGAACAAUGGGAGAUAUGGCAGCCACUGCAGGCAGACAGCACAGGGCAAGCAGAGAGAGAUGCACAAUGCACAUGCCCAAGGACUGGCCUUUUCUAUCAGUAGUAUAAACUGGAAGACAUCACCUUGAGGAUAAAACCCUUCUUCAAUCGGAAGGGCUCUUUCGGAUGCUUUAAGCGGAUGCUAGGAAACAGAGCAAGCUCCUUGGCUCUGACGUGGGGAGAGUAGAGAAGUGGCUUACACGCACAGGAGUAAGACUGAGUACUCUGCUCUAAGGAGAGCUGGCAUCACAGAUGAGAACGAUGUCUGAUGCUACAGAACCGAGGAUGUGUGAUGAAGACCUGGAGUCAGACGAGGGGGACGUUGAGGACUACCUGGAGGAAGAGGAGAACAGCGGAGAACUCAUGGACCGACUCAGAGAGCUGGAGGCAGAGAAUUCAGCUCUCGUGUUGGCAAAUGAGAGUCAAAGAGAGGCAUAUGAGAGAUGUCUGGACGAGGUGGCCAACCAUGUGGUCCAAGCUCUACUCAACCAAAAGGAUCUGCGAGAGGAGUGCAUCAAGCUGAAGAUGCAUGUGUUUGACCUGGAGAGACAGAACAGAGUGCUCUGUGAGCUCUUCCAACAGAAACUACCCAACCAUUCAAGCCCUCACGACCAGGUGCAGCCAGGACCCCUCCCAGUGUACAAUACACAGCUGCUGCACAAUGUCUCUGACAAACAGGUGGAGUCACAGUCACAGAGUCAAGCACAAGCCAAGGGAAAUGGGUUCCACCGCACACUGCCACAGGCCCCAGCGACUCCCCCCCGAGGCCCAGCCGCAUCCAUGGAUGCCCUGUCCCCAUUCUUCAAGAAGAAAGCACACAUCCUGGAGGUCCUCCGCAAGAUGGAGGAGACCGACCCCCUCAAGUUCCACCCCUCGGCAGGCAGCGUUUCCUUCUGUGACUACAGCCAGGUUCUGAUGUCCACGGAGGCUGUGCUGGCUGCUGGAGACCUGUGUCAGAAGCACCAGGCACGCUGCCGCUGCUCCUGCUCAGACUCUGACAGCACGCAACACCAACAGUGUGUCGAUGGUGAAGGGCGGUUAUGUCCUACUCACUGCAAGAGGAGCACAGACAGUCCGGUCAAAUGUAACCAUAUUUGCACUCCGAAGCCUAAUUCAACGCCGAACCACGUCAAAGGCACACCCACCGCAGCUGCUCUAAGUGAGUUCCACAUCAAGAGCACAUCAGUGGAGAAACACCAGACAAUGAAUGACCACCAGCAACCAGCGGGUCCCAACUCUUACUUGUCAGUCACAAGCGUAGAUCAGACUAGUCCAGCCAAUCGGUGCCCAGAGGCAGCGAUAAAGACAGGGCAGGUCCAGGGCACAGAUGAAGAGGAAUGUCUUAAAGGAAAAUCUGAAGACAGCAGUAGUUUGUUUACCUCCCAGCUGCCUGUCCCUGGAGUGAAGGACAACCCUCAGAUUGCAUACUGUGAGCUGGAAACCAAUGGGUUUCUCCUCUCCUCCAAUGACAGUGAUAAUGUUUUGAGUGAUGUAGUUAUUCCAGAGAAAGACAGUGGCCCAGCAGAGGAGGGAGCUCUCUCAGGGAGAGCCAAUGUGGCCUUCAGCCCCAUCCCCUCCUCCUGCCUCAUCGACGUCAAAGCUGCUGCGAUCAACUCCCCGUCCAGGAUCCUAAAGUUUAUAAAGAUCCCCACGAUGGCAGAGAGGACCCAGGCAGCGGCCAGUCCUAUCCGUCUGAGCCCACAGCUCACCCGCACCUCCAAGAUCCCCUGCCGUACCAAUAACUAUGAGGUGUACCACUCCCCCGUCCCCUCACGCAGAGCCACCACCACAGAGAGGACCAGGCACCCUCCUCCACCCGCUAGGUCAGAGUCCUACCCAGCCACCACACACUCAGCCUCAGCCCCCACCUCCCCGCCACAGCCUGAGGAUGCCAGCUCCCCUCCAGCCAAGGAACUUUGCUACAGCAGCCUCUCGGUCCCCAAGGCAAGCUGUGUGGUCCCCAAGCCACUGGCCCCUGGCACAUCACAGACACCCAGGGCCUCUCCUCAGAAGGUCCCGUACUAUGAGAAUGUUUUGGAACUCUCCACCUCGGCUCAGCUGGAAGAAUCCUUAGUCCCAGAGAACGUAAACACAUCAUCUUCCUCUCAUACCAACACAGAUAGUGACAGGAAGCUAGUGAAUCCACUACUACAGAAAGAGAAUGUCCGUAGUCUCCAGCUGCAGCAUUUCUCCCCUGCCUCGGACUCCUCCUCCUCCUCAUCUUCCUCAUCUUCUUCAUCCUCGUCCGAUCAGGAUGUGAACACAGAGAGCCCAGUCUGGCACGGCCACCACAGUCUGCCCAACCCCUCUGCCCUCAGAGCAGCUCAGUUUCAGGGGAGCCCUGCUCACUACGCCAGCAUGAAAGACAGAGGAUCGCAGGACCAGGACACUAGAGAAACCACCAUGCAGAACUCUGAUCUCUCCCAGUCCCAGCCUCCAGCUCUCCCAGCCAAGAGACAUGAUCCCUCAUCCAUUCCCAAGAGGCCUUCUCGGGUAGCAGGGCCAGGGAGGCAGCCAGCCGAGUCUAGUCACACAUUCAAAGACAGGUUGGCUGCACUUGGCAAGCUGAGGAGCUCUGAGGAUUUACAAGUCAAUGUGCUGCUGCCAGUAGACAAGCCAGACCCUCAUAGUGAUGAGAGUAUAGUCACUUUUAACGAUGACAGGAGUAAGACAGCAGAGAGGCCUGUGGAUCAUAAUUUAGAGGAGCAGAGGCACUCAAAAUAUACAGACUCUUUGGAUGGUAAGCCUAAAGGUAUUCUUGGUAGUGUUGCUUUGAUGUUCCCUGGUGCUUGUCAGUCCUAUGAUCCAGCAGCUAAGUCUCUUCUCUCUGGCUCUUCAGUCGCUAAGGCAGAGCUGGAGACGCUCUCAUCCAGAGUGGGUGUGACUAAUACAGACAGCCCCAAAGGUAAACUGGGCCUCCCAUCCCCAAACACGGACUCUCCCAUGGUUCCACACAACGUGAAAUGCCCAGCUUCUCUGAACCUGUCUUACCAGGGUAAACAACCUGCACCCUGUAUCCCUCAGAGCAGCAGCAGCCCCAACAAAGUCCUGCCUAAGUCCCCGUCUAAACCCUGCCAGGCCCCGGCUCCCUCACCCUCAGCUGUCAGUAGAGGUGGAGCUGGGAAACCCACUCUGGAUGCCCCGGCGCUGACGCCACGCUACUCAUCCAAGUCCGAGGACAGGAGCAAGCUCAACGCAAACAGGAAGAGAAACACCACGGCGCACGGAGACAGCUUUCCUCCCCCAAGGCCAACGUCAGGCACGCAGCAGGAGGAGGAGAGGCACCUUGUCCCUAUUGUCCCCGGCCCCACCCCCGGCCCGACGUCAGCCAUGGAAGAGAAGGUGAUGAAGGGUAUUGAGGAGAACAUGCUGAAACUGGCAGAGCAGGACCGAGACAGAGGACAGGUCACCGAGGUGAAACAGAAAGGCUCCAAUGGCAUCGCAAGCUGGUUCGGCCUGAAGAAGAGCAAACUCCCAGCUCUGAGCCGCAAACCAGACAUACCCCCUAAAGUCAAAGACGAAAAGAAGGGUGGAGAGUGGAGGCUGAACAUCCCUUCCAAGAUGGCGGGGUCUAAGUCUAAAGGAGAUGGGGUGGGGGUGGAGAGCCUGAAUAUCUCUAUGCUGAUGGAGAAGGCGGAGGGUCUGAGGAGAGCUCUGGAGGAGGAGAGAGCCUACAUGAACGGGGUCGAGGGGGUUGGGAUAGACCGCUCUGGGAGGGGUCACUCCUGUGAGGUGGUGAUGGACCAAUCACAGGGCCAGCUGGCUGUUAUGUACAGGGGAGCGCGCUCAGACAAUUUCAUGCAGCAGUUACUGAACAGGGUGGAUGGGAAGGACUUCAGUGGCAUCAGUGUGGCUCAGAGACGCCUCUCCUUUGACUGUAAGACUUCCAGACCGUUCAGCAGCCACCACACUGACAGCAUCAUCAGCCACACCGCCAACAGAGAGGACAUGCAGAAGGGUUCAGAACAUCUGAUAAGCAACGUCCCCUCAGAUGAGAAUUUAGCGGACCUAGUUCACUACCCGCCCUUUGCAGCUUCUGGAGCCUCCACUUACACACUAGACAGUGGCAUUGGAACGUUCCCUCUGCCUGACUACAGUAGUGGGGCAGCAGGAAGAAGCCUGUCUAAGAUGAGGGGGGCUGGAGCUGAGCAUGGCUCCUCUGGUUCCCCAGGGAGGGUAGGAAGGAGGGCUAGGACCCUGGACAGAGAACCCUCAUCCCUGGAGCAGUGCUAUCAACCUCACAGAGAGAUGACCACCCCGGUACUGUACGGGUCUGUGCUGGAGGGGAAAGGCAUGAACAGACAGACAGCUGGGGUCAUUCAUGAAGACAAAGAAGCCUAUGGAGCUCACAUGCUGUCCCCCCACUCAAAGACCUGGACAUUCCCCAACCUGAAGACCGCUGCAGGGCCCACUGAGGUGUACCUGGCCAUGGAGGAAGAGGUUGAAACUGCCCCCUAUGGAUCCCCAUUCAGAGGGAAGGCCUGUGGUCCAUCUGUCUCUCGUAACAUGGACCCCAGCAGUCUGCCGGUGCCGGCCCAGACAGGGUUGAGCCGACGUGGGAAGAUCCGCAGUACGCCCAGUGCCCCAGAGAUGGGCCUUGGCCGGGAGACGGGCCUAGAGCUGGUGAGGGAGAGGCCUGAGGAAGCCCUCUCCCCCAGCCGACCCCAGGUCCUAGAGACCCCUGAGUCACUCAGUGACUCGCUCUACGACAGCCUCUCUUCCUGUGGUAGCCAGGGAUGACAGGGGGAGGCAGAGAGACAGGUGCUUUGCAGAUCUUACUGCGGUGCUGACUGACCCACCUUAAUAGAACAUGGGAUAUGGACUGUGCUAAGAUAUACCCUUUUCACACUAUCGUGUCAACCCUAUUCACAUUGGACUGGCUCGACUAUUUCCUUUUCACAUUGUCCUUUCCAGAAUGGUUUCAGCUUCUAUGGUGGAUGCGUAACCAAGCCAGCCAGAUACAACUUGGUUUGACCCAGUAUUGUGAAAAGGGUACAAGUGGCACUGACCACCUUUAGAAGAAUAUGGAUAAGACCUGUGAUAAGAUGGUCCCCUUAGGACUUACAUGUAUGCUUUCUCACCAGCUAUGUUGCAAGGUUAACUGGAAAGAAAAACCUCUCCUCAGGAUAACUACAACCCAAAGGAUAUAGACUAUUCAGAAUAUCACUGUUUUAUGAUGGGAGGUAAUUGGAAAGAACACACUCCGCUAACCAAAAUAGUCAUUUAAAUCAUUUUAGGAUUAUGAAAUAUCCAGACAAGAUGACAAUAUCAAACAUUCUCAGUCUUUGUUGAAAUUGAAUAUGCCUUGUUCAAUCUUACUCUGACCCUCACCAAAAGAUCUUACUAUAUUUAUUAUAGACUACAGAGCGCUGAACACCCUGACCAUGCAAGUACUUACCAAUAUGUCCUUCUCUUUAUCAGUUCAGACAAUGUACUGAUUCCGUUAUCUUGAGCUCUUAAAAAAAAUGAAUGUUAAUGUUUGUGAUUUUUCGCUAUUGAAUAAAUACAUUACAAUUUUGAAGUAUAAAAUUAUUUGUUGAUGGUGUCGUUCAGAUUAUGUCUCUGUAACUGCCAAGAAAGCUUGUCAGAAUAUGUUUUUAGUUUAGCUCACCAUUCUUUGAAGGUAAUAGAUGCCAGCAAUAAUAUUGUGAAAAAGAGAUGUGGCUACAUUAUUGUCCAAUUAAUAUGUAUUUGUAUUAUUUAUUUUCAUGUUAAAUCAACUCCACAUAAUUUGGGUAAUUGUCCAUUGUUUUGUAAUAUUGUGUAAAUGCAGUCACCUGGCUAAAAUAGAUUCUUGUUUCACACUGGAUGUCAACAUACUUUUAAAAAUGUUUUUAUGAUUAUUUCUUGUGUUCUCACUGAAGCACAAAUAAAUACAAGAAAAUUGCACCAUA